AUGGCCGACAUCACUGCCGUCGGUGAGGAGAACCCUUCUCCUACUCAGGACGACCUGCAGCAGGCCGCCGGUAACGGCGCCGCUGACAACCGCGGCACCAAGCGCUCUCGCAUGAGCGCCGACGACGACGACGAUGAUGAUGACAAGCCCGGUCGCGAGCGCAGAAAGAUUGAAAUCAAAUUCAUUCAGGAUAAGUCGCGUCGCCACAUCACCUUCUCCAAGCGGAAGGCGGGUAUCAUGAAGAAGGCCUACGAACUCUCUGUUCUCACAGGUACUCAAGUACUCCUGCUGGUCGUUUCCGAGACCGGUCUUGUCUAUACUUUCACCACCCCGAAGCUUCAACCGCUGGUGACCAAGGCUGAGGGCAAGAACCUCAUUCAGGCCUGUCUGAAUGCACCUGACCCCACUACCAACGAGAAUGGCGUUGAUGCGCCCGAGGUGCCGGCUGAGACGCCAGAGGAUGUUAGCCACAGCAAUGUCAACCCCCAACAGUCGAAUAUUCCCCGUCCCGCCGGUAUGCACCCCGGCUACAUGACGAACGAACAACAGCAGCAGAUGGCCUACUACCAGGGCCUUCAGCAGCAACAGCAGGCAGGAGGACAGUAUCCUGGCAUGCCUGUGGGUAACCGGAUGCCCCCCCAGCACCAGCCCACGGCGUAA